AGGGCGAUCGGCGUCGGCGAGGCCUUUCCUCAACUUUGCGCCUGUUGCUGGUGAGUCCGGCGAGGGCCUGGAGAGGGCGCGCGGGCGGCCGCGACCAGGGAGGAGCUGAGGGGAGAAGUAGCGGGGAGCCGCUCGCCCGGGCGCCCCUUCGGGACCCCCAGGGUCCUCGCGCGCGGCCCUCGCCUAGCCGUCCGCGCCCGGAUGUCGCGGCGGAUCGCCUUUCCGGGUUGGCGGACAGCCAGAUCCGGGCCGGCCGGCCGGUUGCCCGGGUAGCGCGGUAGUCUGGCCCCGGCCGGAGCCGCACGGGGCUGGGGAGCGCGGGGACCGGGCCGGCCACCUGUGCGCUCCGCCCGGAAGGAGGCACGGCCCGGGGAGGAGGCGUUGCCGUCCCGUCCCCGCCGCAGCCGUCGCCGGCCCGGCAGAACCGUCGCGUGCUCCGGAGCGCCUCCGCCAUGAAGCCCAACUUGUGUCUGCGACUGAGGGUCUUUAACCUCAACUUCUGGGGCAUUCCCUACCUGAGCAAGCAUCGGGCCAACCGCAUGAAGCGCCUGGGAGACUUUCUGAACAAGGAGAACUUCGACCUGGCUCUACUGGAGGAGGUGUGGAGUGAGCAGGACUUCCAGUACCUGAGACAGAAGCUGUCGCUCACCUACCCAGCUGCACACUACUUCAGGAGCGGAGUCAUUGGCAGUGGCCUGUGUGUCUUCUCCAAACACCCAAUUCAGGAACUCACCCAGCAUGUCUACACCCUUAAUGGCUACCCCUACAAGAUCCAUCAUGGUGACUGGUUCUGUGGGAAGGCUGUGGGGCUGCUGGUGCUCCAUCUAAGUGGACUGGUGCUCAAUGCCUACGUGACCCAUCUCCACGCAGAGUACAAUCGACAGAAGGACAUCUACCUAGCACAUCGUGUGGCCCAAGCUUGGGAACUGGCCCAGUUCAUCCACCACACAUCCAAGAAGGCAGAUGUGGUUCUGUUGUGUGGGGACCUGAACAUGCACCCGAAAGACCUGGGCUGCCGCCUGCUGAAGGAGUGGACGGGGCUGCAUGAUGCCUAUCUUGAGACCAGGGACUUCAAGGGCUCUGAAGAAGGCAAUACAAUGGUACCCCAGAACUGCUACGUCAACCAGCAGGAGCUGGAGCCAUUUCCCUUUGGGAUCCGCAUUGACUAUGUGCUUUACAAGGUGGUUUCUGGGUUCUACAUUUCCUGUAAGUCUUUGGAAACCACUAUAGGUCAUGACCCUCACAGUGGCACCCCCCUCUCUGAUCACGAGGCCCUGAUGGCUACUUUGUGUGUGGGGCACAGCCCUCCCCAGCAAAACCCCAGCCCUACCCAUGGACCAGCAGAGAGGUCACAGUUGAUCGAUGUGCUAAGGGAGGCCUGGACAGAGCUGGGUCUGGGCGUGGCUCAAGCUCGUUGGUGGGCCACCCUCGCUGGCUAUGUGAUUGGUCUGGGGCUGCUUCUCCUGGUGUUGCUGUGUGUCCUGGGAGCUGUAGGAGCCAGGGAAGCUGCCAUAUUGCUCUGGAGCCCCAAUGUAGGAUUGGUGCUGGUGGCAGGUGCAGCCUACCUCUUCUACAUGCAGGAGGCCAGUGGCUUAUGCAGGGUCCAGGCUGAGCUCCACCAUGUGCUGGGAAGGGCAAGAGAGCCUCGACCAGCCCUGCUCCUGGGACAGCAGCAGGGGAACAGAACUAAGAAACAAUAA